AGGUGCGGCUGGGUUGCUACAGCCGGAGCUGGGCGGCGGCGGCGGGCGCUGCCGGAGGAGCCUCAAGCGGUUCGCCAUGGACGGGCUGGAAGAAAAUGGAAGUGUUGUCCAAGUUGGAGAAUUGUUGCCUUGCAAGAUUUGUGGAAGGACAUUCUUUCCAUUAGCCCUGAAAAAACAUGGACCCAUUUGCCAGAAAACCGCCACUAAGAAGAGGAAGACUUUUGAUUCGAGCCGGCAAAGAGCUGAAGGCACCGAUAUCCCCACAGUCAAACCUCUUAAACCCAGGCCAGAACCACCAAAGAAGCCAUCUAAUUGGAGAAGAAAGCAUGAGGAAUUCAUUGCCACCAUAAGAGCAGCAAAAGGCCUUGAUCAGGCACUUAAAGAGGGUGGCAAACUUCCUCCUCCUCCUCCGCCUUCCUAUGACCCUGAUUACAUUCAGUGUCCAUAUUGCCAGAGGAGGUUCAAUGAAAAUGCAGCGGACAGACAUAUCAACUUUUGUAAAGAACAGGCAGCACGCAUUAGUAAUAAGGGCAAAUUUUCUGCUGAAGCCAAAGGAAAGCCAGCGUCUCGGCCACAGUAUAAACCAUCUCCACUUAAAAAAUCAAAUUCUCCUGGAACUGCAGCAUCUUCCCGACUCCCACAGCCAAGUACUGCUAGCAAAGCUGUUGUAGGUGUGCCUUCGGGUAAAGCAUCUUCAGUUAACAGUUCUUUGGGAAACAAACUCCAGACCUUAUCUCCUUCUCAUAAAGCAAUAGCAGCCCCUCAGGCAGGAGCUAACAUCAAAUCUCGAAAUACUACACCCCCUAGCCUGGCAAGAAAUUCUGUGGCAGGUGUGCUUACCAACAAAAGAAAAACUUAUACUGACAGUUUUGUAGCCAGGCCAGAUGGAGACUGUACAUCUUCAUUUAAUGGUGGAAACAUUAAAGGCGUUGAGGGAAAUUCAUCUGGACAUUUACCAAAAUUCUGCCAUGAGUGUGGGACAAAAUACCCUGUUGAGUGGGCAAAGUUCUGCUGUGAAUGUGGCAUUCGAAGAAUGAUUCUGUGAACAGAAUCUCAGAAGCUAAGUGGCAGGCUAAGAAUUGGAUGAUUAUUGCUGCUUUGACGCCCAGGGCACUUAUAGUUACAUUGCGCUAAAGCUAUUUACAGUGCCCUUUCCCCUUCUCUUUGGAGCAUAAGACUUUGGCUGUAUAAUGUGUCUGUAUGUAUUUAUAAUUAUAUAUGUAUGUAUAUAUAUUCUGUAUAUAAUAAAUCUGAUUUCUCCAGCCUGUGCCAUUCAAAGAAAUACUUAAGUACAUGUCAGAAAGUAAGCUGAUAAGAGACCAGUGUCUUCGGUAUUGCUCUCCAGUUGUUUAAAUCAUUAGUAUACUUGCACAGGCAACUCCACUCCAGUGAUGAGCCUUGCAUGCUUUCGGAGAACAAGAAGCCAGAAUAGAUGCUGUUGUUGGUGCCCAUCUCCAGUAGCAUCAUAGGGGAUGGGAUACUGGAGAUUCUGUUACUAAAGAGAAUGUUGUGAGCUCAUUUGCCCAGCUGGAUUCUUCAGCAACUAGUGUUAAAUUCCUUUAAAAAAAAAAAAAAUGAUGAAAAGGAAAAUCUGAGGUCCAUGUUGCUGGUAAAUUCAUGGAUUAUUGGUUACAUAACCCAAUUAAAUUAUUAAACAUAUAAUCCUCCUUCUGUGAACAUGUAAUAAUGCAAUCUCCUUUUCAGAAAUGGCUGACUUUAUAAAUGUAAUUUACUCUGCUUAGAACUGAAUGAUUAAUUUACCUCCAUAUGAUUUGGACACAUUUUCUUUCCACUUCCAAUUGUGUUCUGAGAUUUUAUUUACCCUUCUUAUGGCAUAAAUCCUUUGAAAAGUAGUUUUAGUUUACUACUACAGUCUUUGCAGUAUUACACAUAAUUAUAUUACAUAUAAUUAUUUAAGAUACAGUUUUUCUGUAAAAUUUUGUUUGAAAAUUUUAUUUCUGUGUAUGUGUGUUUGUAGGAAAUUAAUACAUUUUAAAACAAAGCACCCUGCCCAACAAAUAAUAAUUGUGGUUCUCAUUAAUUCUGAGCAUGCAGGCGAAGCUGUUUUUAGUUUUUAGUCCCUCACGGUUCAUAUAGUUCUAAGUAUUGAAAGAAUACCUAGUUUUUCCUGUUCACAUGUUCUUUAGUGCUUACUUUUGAAAUACCAUAUAUAUUACAGAGAAAAUGCACUGAAAUGUUUUAAAUAGCUGACUUCCACAAGCACAGCUCAGUAUAGACGAUAGCAGUACUGACUGGCAGGCCACUUUGGCAGUGUGUUUCCAGAGUCCUGCAGAAUGGCUGUGCAGUCUGAACUUUGCCCUACAAAGGGACCCGUAACAUUUUACAUUGAUGGGCUUCCUACUUUCUUGUUUGUUGUUUUUGAUAAGGAUGGAUGUAGACAUUAAUUGCUUUGAAUUUCAUCUCUGAAAUUUAUUUACUUGUUGUUUUCUAUUUUAUUUUAAUUUCUGAAGGGAUUUUAAACUUGUAAUGAGUUCUCAUUUCAUUCUCCUUAUUCCUUCAUGUUAUUAGAUUUUCCCUCUUGUUUGUUCCUUUUGGUCAUAUUGAUAAUUCAAAACUAAGUAGCUUGAAUUAAUAGUAAUGAAUUUAGAAGACUAAGACAAUCUGGAUUUUCGUCUUAGUAAUUCCUUUUUGUGAAAUCGGUUGCAAAUAUAUAAAGAACUUUUAAUUCAUUAAUUCAUCUUUAUCUAGCAAUGAGCACUAUUUCUUUCAGGUAUGUUUUUAAUUCAUGUAUUCUUUUAUUCUACUUAAAGAAUGGAUGGAUAAAUCUUUUUGUUUGUUUGUUUCUUUGUUUUUGUUUUUCGAGACAGGGUUUCUCUGUCUAACAGUCCUGGCUGUCCA